GAGGCGGCUGGCGGCGCGGACGAGCAGCUGCUGCUCGAAGGGGCUGCGAGAUGGGGAGGCCCGGCGGGGCGGCCCGACACUGCGGCGAGGGAUGCGCCGGGCGCUUGGGGGGCUGCCCGUUGGCCGGCCAAGAGGCCUUUUGCUCUCCGGGAAGAAGGGAGCCGAAGCGCCGCCUGUCAACUUCGGCCGCCUCUUCCCACUUUUCCGCUUGCAGGGCUGGAGGGUGAAAGCUAAGCGGCUCCAAAGAGCUAAGGGGGCUCCGGCAAAUAAGGCCCCCCCGCCACCUCCCGUCGCUCUUUAGUCUUUAGGCGCUGGGAACGCGGCGAAGCUCGCGGCCCCGUUUAAGCCAAAAGGGAAGCGAGUUGCUCGAGGGACGGCAGGCAAGGCAAGCCGCGGGCUCCGGUGAGGAUGCCCGGAGCACGCAGUGGGGUGUGACUGGAAUGCUCUCGGACUCCUGUGGCUAAGAAGCACGUGUGAACGUGCGCGAGGAAGGAAGCGUGCCUUUGGGGGUCGGUGCCGGCUACCGCUCAUCAAAGCUGCCGCGGCUUUGGGUGGGUUGCAGCCUCGGUUUCUGAGCUGAAUGUCCGGGUGCCCCGAUCCAGGCGGGGCCUUCUUUUUAACCAUCCUGGGAACUUCCAUAUUCCACGGGGACAGGGAGUGACUUGACGGGGUGGAAGAGCUCCUGGAGUUUCUGCAUUGGUUCAAUAAUGUGCAAGUUCCCUCCCCAGAAUUUUGGUCCGGCGGGCCAAAUGUUCCCUCCCGGGCACCUUUAUGGUUGUGGGGAAGGGCUGCCAGUUUGGCAGAUUCAGAGUGGGUGAUCUGGACCUCAGCGGGAACUGCCGGGCCCGACCCCCUCUUCCCUCGCUGUGCCAACCUGCAGCCGCGAGUCAGGCUGGGCUCGGAUCCUGUAACGUGAGUCAGCAGCGGUCCUGGUGGUGGCGGUGAGAGCGGUGCGCCCGACUCUUCCGAGCUCCUUUCGACUGCAGGGCGGCUGCUGGAUCAGAGCAAGGUGGGGAGGGUGGGAGCCCAGUGGAGGAGGAGGAGGGAAGGCAGCAGCCACCGCCGGGGCCGAGUGAAAGGAGCAGCCUGCUCUGCGUCUCGGGAGGGGGCGAGGGCGGGGGCUGCUGGAGGCAGGUGGAAGCGUAAAGGGGACCCGAGAGGGCUGAAAGGAAGCAAGGCUGAGAAAGGGCUUCGCUGCAUCCCUUCGGAGGCUCCAGUCUUGCCCGGUUUCAGCUGCUGCUUCUCCAGGCCACACAGCUGACCUUCCUGCUUUCCAUGCUGUACAUUUCCCACCCGCCAUAAGAAACAAGCGAGAUCAAAGAACAUUGGCUCAGUCUCUUUCCAGCCAUCCCAGUAAGAAGUGGCCCCUGGGAGCAGAGGCUUGCUCCUUCAGGGUGGGAAGGACCCCUUCCUGCAGGCUUCACUGCUUGCUCAAGGCAGAGACACUCUGGCUAGAAAAGGGAACCAGGCAAGUGUGAAAAUGGGUCAGCAGAAUUAGAGAAAAGCCACAGCCAGAGAUUCAGAAUGGAAAACGACAGGAAUCCACAAGGAGGAAUCCGGCAGUCCAGUCCUUUAGCAGAACCUUUCGGACCAAGUGUGGAGAGCUGUGACCCAUUAGGAGGCUGGUUGAAAUGCAGACCCAGCACUCUCUCCUGGGAUUGGCAAAGAAGGGGGCUUGGCCUGCUGGAGGUGGCAGGGCUUGAGCUGCCUCCUCUGCCCCACAGGACCCCUGAGCGCAGCUCUAUCCCUCCCCAAAGGCAGCAUGUUGUCCCCAGAGCACCCAAGAGAUGGGUGUGGUGCCUGCUGGAAGAGUGAAGCAGAAUGUGGGCUUACCAGAGGGAGAUUCCCCAACUUUCAGGGGGUGCCCUGGCCCCAGCCCUCUGCAGGUGCAGCCUUCCUGUGCAUGAAAUCAGUCCUGCUGCAGAAGAGGAAGAGCCACACCAGCGUGGCAGACUGGUGGCGGGUGGGUGGGUGGGAGGGAGGCAGCCAUAUGCUCCUGUCUGAAUGUGUCUGACCAAAUGCUGGAGGCGGAUGAGAGGAGAGGCAGCCCUGGGGAAGGAGGGCAUUUACGAGGGCCCUCAGGCCAGCAACAUCUCAGGGCUCCUGCUGAAAGGGCCACCACCACCACCCCCGACAUCAAGCUGUUGCUCAAGUCAGGCUGCCCUUGCAGAGCUGCGGGGCUGCCCCAGGGCUCCUUUCCAUGGAGGUGGACACAUGGCUUAUGGGAAGGGGCAGAUAGGCCUUGCUUGAAAGGGGCUUCUGGGUGACCUCUGAGACCAUCUGGGGUCUUCCCAGGAGCAGCCAAGUGGACGACAGGCUCUCAGCCCUGCAAGCAGAAAGGCCAGACGAAGAGCCCCUUCCAAAAGGGAGAUGCUCCCAAGUUCAACUCUCUCUGCAAGCCGGUCAUGCUGGUCUAGGCCAACCGAGAGCCGGAAGUAUCCUGUUAUAUUCACGCCUCCUUUGCGAUUUCCCCACACUCGGCUUGUUAAAAACCUGGCCAUGAAUAAUUCACGGCUUUGAGCGCUGAAUGCUGUUUUUCUCCCUUCGGCCUGGCUCCCCCUCCCUCCCCUCCCCAUAUAUAAAACUGGGGUAUUCCCCAGGAGUCCGGAGCAGCAUCCUGUGCCUUGCCAGCACCCCUGCUGGGUCUAGGACCAAAUCGGGUUUUGGGUUGCAAGAGCUGGAAGUCUCCAAUGAUGCUAUAAAAGGUGAGAACUGGUACGGAGGUUUUGGCCAUGGCUUGUGGCUCCACUCAGGUUCCAUAUUUAAUUUCUUCCCCUGAAUUUGUUCCUGCAGGUGUCCAGCCCGGCCUCCUGUGAUCAGGGCCCCUUCAGGUGCCAGGAUUCAGUUCUUGUUCUCAGCUGCAGGAGGGCUGGAGAGGAAACCCAAAGCCGCCCCACCUAUUGGCUUCUUUUCUGCUCUUGUGGCUUGUGCCAGGCAUCAGUCCUCUUGGCUGACCUCCCCUUGCAGGGUGCGGCUGCCCUCAAAUGAAUCUGCUUGCCAAGGGUCCCCCAGACCUUUUGGGGAACAUGAGAUUCGGCCACUUUUUGGAACAGUCUCAGGCUUCUGCAGACAAGCUAAUGGGACAUCCGAGCAAGGAGCAGUCUUGGGGGCCUGCGGAGGAGCAAGCUGUGGGUCAGAAAUUUUGCUUGGUGCACAGGCUUGUGCAGGCAAUCACAUUCUACUCCUGUCACCCAUUUUCUGCUUGCAGAGUUUAAACUUCCCCCUUGCUGUUGCACCUCCCCUUCUCUGCUAACUGGCAACAGCCAUGGAAAAGACCUCCUGGCAGACACAAGGGUGAUCCAGAUGCCAUUCCGUCAGGGAAGAGGGUGCCCGAGGAGAGUCAGGCUUGCAAUGCAUUCCUUACAGAAUGCAGCCAGAGCAGGACCAAUGCAUGGCCUGAAGUGCCUUCUCUGAGAUGAAUGAACCACGCCCCCUGGCUAAGUUUCUUCCCUUUGCAAAGAGACCCUCCCCUACCCACCCCCCCAUGGCUCACUGGAGCAGGCACUGCUGGAAAUUCAAUGGCAGGAAGGCAUCAUCAGCAAGGCAGCUGCUGAGAGAGCCCCCCUCCCCCCAUGCAUCAGCUUGUGGCAGCGCUUCCAGGACACCUCCAGGAGACAGAGCCCCACCCCGCCAGAGGGUAACUUAGGAAUACCUGGCACACAGCCAGCUCUGCGGCCCCAUUUGCCUCUCCCUCCCCAGGACAGAUCAGCCUUUGUCCUCUUGCCACCUGCUCCAAAAGAAGCCAGCCUUUUGUCUCUGCCGGCGCAAGGCUGGGUGCCAGAGUGGAGUCUUAGGUUCCUGGUACCCAACAGCUGUUGCUCAUCAGCUCUGCACAUGCCCGUCUGGAGGGCUUUCUCUGCAGUGGGUGUGUGGGUGUGACUGCACACACUGCCAGCAGUCAGGAAAUAGGUGAGCUCUGGGGCAAAGCAGGCAGGAAUCUCCCAACAGAAGAGUGGGUGGGCAGCCCCUCUGCAAUCCACACCCCCAUCAGGAAGACCCUGAUGAGGCCGGGGGAGGAGCUUAACCCCCCCCCCCAAGAGUGGCGCUAGGAGCCUCCCUCCAGGUGGGUCCCCCUAGACAGGCAAGAGACCAUGACUGAAAAUUCAUCCUUCCUUGGUGGAGGCAACAGUGAGGCUGAGCAGGCUGGGCCUCUCUGUCCCAAUGCCCUUUUUGUCAUUGCAGAACUGACCCAGGAAGCCCCCAAACUGGAGGGGCAGACCCCCAUCACCUUCUCCAUGCAUGGGCUGGUAGAAGAGCCCCGCAGCUCUCUGGCUGAGGAGGAAGGAGGGACCCCAAUGCCCACCUCAGGGUUGUUGCAGGUGGCUGAGCGCCGGCAACCCCUGAGCAGCGUUUCAUCUCUCGAGGUGCAUUUUGACCUGCUGGACCUCACGGAACUGACAGACAUGUCUGACCAAGAGCUGGCCGAAGUCUUUGCAGAUUCGGAUGAGGAAAAUGCAGCCCGAGAGCCCCCUGCUGGACUGCAUCCCCACUCAACCCCCAGAGCCGGCUACCUCCGCUCCCCCUCCUGGACAAGGACAAAAGCUGAACCGGGGCGUGAGAAGAAACAUCUCAGCGAUCCUGAGCUCCAAGCAGACCCUUUCCUGGCUGUGGAAAAGCCAAAGGAGGAGUAAACAGGGGGAGGGCAGGAGCCCCGCCUGGGUGCCAGCCUUCACUCUUGCACAGUCAUCCCUCCUACGCAGCCGCAGCCGGGACGUUUGCAAACUGCGCCUCGUGCCAAGAGCCCCCCUUCCCCCUCAUUUAAUUUGCCAAUCUCCUUUCAGGCCCCAGCAGGCCCCCUUCCCCCUGCUGGACUGCCCAUUUCCUGCAGGCACUUUGAACCUUCCAGGGCUCUUUUCGGUUGGAGAAGGUAGACUGAGCAAGGGGUGCUCUCCCAACCUUAUUUGGAGGGGGGCUGGUGGCAAGAGCUGCCGAAGCCUGAAGGAGGGGCAGCCUCCUCUUCAGCCACGUGCCUUGAUUGCUGCUGGGCUGAGCCAGGAAGCUCCUCUGCCAAGACAAGCUACCCAUUAUACCAAAGGAACAGAGGGGCAAACACAGCACCAUUUCUGGGGCACUGAAACAGUGUGAAUUCUGGAACUUUCUCUGCUCUAAGCACACAUCGUUUCCAAUGGCCUUAACUCUUGCCCAGCACUCCACCGCUAUGCGCAAAGUGCACAGCACCAAUGCAGCUGGCCCAACUUCAGGCAGGCUCGGGAAUAUCCCCCUGGAGCCGAUGCCCACCCAUGUCAUAGCAGUGUGCCUUCCUCAGCAGAAAAAGCUUUUCUCGAGAGGAAGCCGGCCAGGGUGUGGCGUGGCGUGGCUGGCAAGGCACACGCUGCUGUUGCGGUGGCUCACCAACCUCCCUGGUGCUGGAGAGAGCUAAGCCAAGCAAGGUGAAGCAAUCGGCGUGAAACAGGAUCCCCGGUGCUUCCAGAACCCACACCUGUGACCAGACCAGAUGAAGAGUGAGUGGUGGACAGCAGAGAGCUUCCCCCAUGGACAAAAGCUCAAAUAUCUCCCCUAUCCGGAGGGCCCCCAUGGAGCUGGAGGAGAGCCAGCCAGCAAGGCUCCCACACGAGUUGGCCUUCUCCCUUCAGUCACUGAACCUCCAAGGCAUUCAUUAUUUCAGAGUUCACCAAUUCGGAGUUCUUCCUGACCUUCCCCAUGUCCCCACAACAACUCCCAUGUCCUCUGUAAGAAGAGAGGGACACGGGCUGGGGUGGCACUAGAGGGGCAGGCUCCGAGGACAGCACCUCUCCCCACCCUCUGGAUACGCCUGGGCCUUUUGCUUGCUUGACUCAGGACAGGACAAGAGUUUGCAUUGCCAACUCAAGUCAUUUACUUCAACCAAGAAAACACCAUACAAUCUGAUCUUGGCUGCUAUUAAACCCCACCUGCCAGGGAGCUCUGCGUUAGGAGGAGGUAGCUGUUCUCGGGACCACUAGCAAGGGGCCUGGCUGGUGGACACAACUGCUCUGCUGUCCCCUCCCAACCUUCCCUGGACUGUUGGACCAGUCCUUGUUCAUUCAGACAGUCCAUGGUCUCUUCUUCAGCAGCAACCGGCCCAGGAGAAUGAGCCCCGAGUAAAGCAGCAGAGACAGGCUGGUUUCCUUCUCUUCUCGACGCCACAAGGGACAGGCGGCCAUUCUAAGCUGCCAGCCAACAGCCAUCCUGUGUGGCCAGCCAAGAUGCCUGCAAUGCUUCCCUUUGCUUUUCCUUGGUACAGCUGCUCUCCAGGGCCAAGCAAGGGGAGAGGCUCUGCGGAUGAGACCUUCAAGUUCAGGGUUACUUGGGCUUGGAGAGACCCAUCUGGCUCCUGGGCCAUCUCUGUUAUACCCAACAUGGAGGCAAAAUCCUAGGCUCAGACUUGGUGGGUGUGGGGGAGGGUUUCCAAACCAGAAAAGUAAAAUUUCCCCUGGUUGACAGCAAGAGUGGCCUUCAGCUCUCCAUCUCCUUUAGGGCCACACAGAGGGACUGAAGCAAACUUUUUCAAUGUGAACACCACGUGAGGGGUGGGGAGAAGCCACCCCUGGAAAAAAAUUUAUGUGGACUCCUGGAGAGGCAUGCAGGCAGGGAUCCCCCUGGCACAAAAGGGCUUAGCUGGUCCUUUUGUGAGGGGCAACAGGAGAUCCCAAGCCCCCAUUCCCUGCUUGCUUUCUUGCCUCUGGGUCGGGCACAGCUGCUGGAGAGAUAGGCUGAUCUGCAAAGGGAUGGCCAAGUAGGCCCUUGGGCCAAGGUCCAAUCAGCAGCCCUCGAAGCCCCCUGGCCCAGACCCAGAGGGUGCCCUGUGAGGGCCCAAGUGUGGAGCGGCCACCUCCUCCCUCAAGGAGCAGCACAACAGCCCCCAUUGGCCUUGCAGGCUCUGCUGAAUCUUGGCCAUAUGCUGCACUGGGGAUGGGCACCCCAGUCUUCUCAACAUUCCAGGCUGCAUGUUGGGGUCAAGCACAGAUAACAUUUGAGUACCGAUUGUUGGCUUUUCCUCAACUAGACAGUGUCAUCCACUUGUGCAGCAAUGGAGCGAACCCCUUACAAGAUGAUACGGCUAGCCUCUCCUGAUUAUGUACAACCACACCAUGAAAGACAGACAUUUGAUGUUGGCCUGAUGAUUAGGGCACCAAGGAAGCAAGCCCAAAUGCACAAGGAAAGGGGUAUGUAUUUGCAUUCUAAACACCAAGGAGCACUUUCUUGUGUCCCAGCAUCAAGGAAACACUGGCUAAACUCCCAGGAGGAACCCAAGAUCUUCACAAGGGUAGCCAAUUCCUGCUUUUUGCAAAGCAAGGUCCUCCUGGGAUCUCAACAAUCUCCACCCAACCAGUCUGGUGUCUUCGAUAUUUGGAACCUCUGUCUUCGUUGAGUUCCUUCCAUGCUCUGUGUUCCUAUCCCCCCCUAAUCUUUGGAUUAAAUUCUGUCCAUACUUGUAUAGUGCCCCUCUGCUACCUCUGAUGUUCUGGUGAUUAAAGUUGUUUCAAAUGGUC